GUAUCCCCGCGGCCCGCACUCCGCCUCAGUCAGCCAGACGACGUCCCACAGAAGGUGCGUUGCACGUUAACGUCUCAGUGAAUAGAUAAUUAAAUCCUAGACUGUAUAAUUUUGUGAAUAAUAGUGUGUGUAUUAAUUGACUGGACACUUGUUAAUACGAUUUUGAUACACCAUGGCUACCGAAGUAAUUAACAAUGUUCCCGAGAACACCGAAAAGGAAAAGGUAGCUACAGAGGACGCGCCGGCAGACAAUGGACAAACUAAAGAAGAACCACCGACUGAGAAGGUUGAAGAGAAAGCAGAGGAGAAGAAGGUGGAACCUGCUCCGCCCAAGAUCACAGUACACAAGGCCAAUUUUGAAAAAGACGUCGUUUAUUUGUAUCAGUUCUCGCGAACUCCUUUGUUACCUUCAACUUCACCGUACUGCUUGAAAGUUGAAACAUGGCUUCGUUUGGCCGGCAUCAAAUAUGAGAACGUGGACCACAAGGCGAAGUUCCGCUCCAAGAAAGGCCAGUUGCCUUUCGUUGAGCUUAACGGCGAAGAGAUUGCUGACAGUAGCUUUAUUAUAAAGGAACUGUCCGAGAAGUUCAACAAAGAUCUCGAUGCAGCUCUGACGCCCGAGCAGCGAGUCGUCUCUCAUGCGAUGAUCUCCAUGAUUGAGAACCACCUCUCCUGGGUGAUGCUGUGGUGGCGCGCCAAGUACCCGGACAGUGUCAUCAAGGGGUACCAGGUCAACUUGCAGAACGCCCUGAACACGCGCCUGCCGAAUCCGAUUCUGAACUUCUGCUACAAGCUGACGGCCGCCCGCAAGGGAAUGAAGAAGGCUAAGGCUCACGGUAUUGGAGUACACUCUCAAGAUGAAAUUGUUGAACUCGGAAAGAACGACCUCCGCGUGCUUUCGGACCUGCUCUCCGAUAGGCCUUUCUUCUUUGGGGAUGAGCCUACCCUUUUGGACGUGGUCGCGUUCGCCAACCUCGCACAAGUCCACUUCAUCGACAAGGAAGUGGCGCACCCGCUGCGAGAUGGCAUGAACGAGUCGUUCCCGAACCUCGUGGGGCUGGUGUCGCGCAUCAAGGAGCGAGCUUUCAACGACUGGGACGACAUCUGCAACACGCUCGACCUCAAUGCGCACCUGCCGAAGCCGGUCAAGGAGCUCAAGGAGACCAAGGAGGGAACCGGCCCCGCUGAGAAGCAGCCGCUGCCCGAUGAGCCGGAAAAGGGAAAGGGCGAUGAGAAGGAGAAAGAGCUAGAGAAGGAGGCUGACGAGAAGGGGAAAGAGAAGGAUAACGAGAAGGAGAAAGAGAAGUAAACGACGACUUUGUAUGGCGCUGAUUUCAUUACCGUAAUAUUACAAGUUAUACUCUUAAGAGUCAGACUCGUCGAGAUUCUGUAAAUUAUAAGCAUGUAAAUCCAUUUGUCUUUCCCGUAACUUUCAUUUGUGGAUGCCUAUGCGUCUAUUACAGUAAUUGUAUUUCUGUUACCUUUUUAUUAUAAUUAUAUUAUUAGAAAUUCGAUGUUGUGUACCUAUAUCAUAAUUUUGUCUCAGGGAGAGAAAUCAUUUAUAUAAUAUAAAUUUGCUGAUUAAUGUGCGUAAUUUUCAAUGCUUUUUGUGUUUUAAUAUUAUAUGAUAUAAUUGUUUUAUAGAUUUUGUGAGUUUAAUAAUAUGCUAUAAGUAUCCCAAAUAAGGGUUUUACAGGAUUAGGCAAACUUUUAUCCAAAUUACUAAUAUAGUAUACAUGUAUUACGUAUAAAUUCAUGGUAGUCCACUUGCAUCGCGUCAAUGUAUUUGUUAUCAUGGAACUGGAGUAAGUCUCGAUUAUAAAAUGUCGUGCUCUUGUAGUUAUGAAAUGGUUUGAGGAAAUGUACUGUGCCAAGUCGAGUGUUGGCGCACCUUGUGACCCUCUGAGUGUAUGUCACAGUAAAUUUUAUUGUUUGUACUGCACCUCAUCAGUUUGUUGCUAGUAACUCGGUUGUUUUACCACCAGUAAAGUCCGUAAUAAUUUGACAGGGUCAUUGAGCAGGGCUAUGAAUUAUAUAUUUGAAUAAUAAUCUUCAUCCUAACUGAGACACCCAUCUUUCUCUUUUGUAAGAAGCGUCAUAUAUUUUUAUAAGUUAAGUAUUUCAUUAAUCUCAAUUUUUUCAUAAAUACUUUGGCGUGUAAUGGCGUCCAAUGUUUUAAUUUACUCUACUUUAUAAGUAUAGAAUAAUUGAUACCAAAAAUUGGCUGAUUUGAAAGAAUGAUGCAUUUCUUAGGCUACUAUCCCGCAGGCGUUUUAAGUGCGUAAGCGAUUUUUCAGCGACUGCGUUGCGGUAACACCGCGCAGACGCAACACUCACGUCCCUAGUUUCUUACGUUUUGGGACAACAGUUACAAUCACAUCGCCUUGCUCUAUCUGUACAGACUGAGUAGGUACUUAGGUAGGUAUGGUUGUACCUGAAAGCGCGAAUUUUGCGCAGACGCUUUUAAAACUCCAGUGGGAUAUUUGCCUUAUAAACAGCUCUUUAAUUCUAAAGAAGAAGCUGUUGUGUGUUUAGACUGUUUUGAGAUUCUUGUACUUUAUAAUUGGUUUAUACAAAUGAAAUUUACAAUUUACAAAUUUUUGAUAAACGAAAAGCCUGGAAGACUGUUUUUCAUGUUAUUAAUAAUUCAUAGUCCAUAAAAUUUUGAUAUUGUAUUAUUGUUAAGGUUUAGAAAAUGAAAUGUACUCAAAAUUUAUAAUAUAUUGUAUCCAGUUGAUUAUUCAGUCGAUAUAUUUAUACUUGAGGCGUGCUCGCGUCUUCAAACCAACGCACAUGAUUGUAUGAUUCGUUUAUUUUAUUGUAUUUUCAUUGACAUUCAUUCUUCUCUUCAUAAAUAUGUAAGGUUAUGAUUGCUUUGUUAUAAAAUACUCAAUUAAGACUGUUAUUAUUAUUUUUUGAUUAUUAGGUUAAUACUGACACGGCGACUGAAUAAUUGAGUGAAUGAAAAGUUCUUUGUUUUCUGUAAUGUUUGUAUAAGAUGGACUUCGGCGUUAGUCACUGAAACAGGCUUAAAGUUACAUAUUUAGGUAUUAAAAGAGUAAAGUACAUUCCAGUUUCAAGCAUCAUUUCGCGAGGGAGGUAAAGUCGUGUUUCGAUCAGGCUCGUUAUGGCAGUACGCGAUGAAGUUGAAUGGUUAAUUUUAAAACUUGUAAUAUAAAUAAAUGGUUUUCGCAUCGUGGCUUGAUAGUAGAUUGUCGAUCUUAGUCGGUUUGUAGAUAGCGCGGUAAUCACUUACCUGUGCUUUUAGUUCCGUCUUGACAUCUUUACAUUUUGAUAUAAUUAAUGUUAGGGUUAAUUACUCGGUAAGUCUGUGUAGAUUUCGAAAUUGAUACAUGUUAAUGUCAAAAUUGAUAAUGUUAGAUUAAUAGGUAUUAUACGUAACCGUAUUUACAUUAGAAUAAGAGGAGCCAAUUAAGAUGUUGAAGCUCCAUUUUUGUUUAAAAAUAUUCAGUUUUAAUUAUGGUUGUAAUUUCAGUUUUUGUGUGUAAGAGAUGAUUUGAUAUUCCAGGGGUAUGGUUGACAAUAGUCCCUCCCGCAACUGCUGACCACCACUGCCAUUAGAUUCAGAUGUAAGGAUUUAAGAUAAGAAAGUAAAUAGUGUAGGGAUUGAUGCGCGAGCGCAACAAACGUCGCGUACGCAUUCGUAGUAGUAUCGCGGCAAGCCCGCCAGCGACUUGCUGCCUAGUUAUGAUCCAGUAGAUCGUAGAUAUAAUGUUUUUUUAAUAAUGAGGCUGAAGAUUUGUCCGACCACCUGUGAGAGCCUGUUUCAGUGUAAUGUUUCGAUUUAAUGACAGAACUGGUUGAUAGCGCGGUCUUUUACUCUCUGAUCAUCGGUAGCGCGAACAUACGAUAACUACUCGCUUAGUACUUAUGGGAGCAGUCUGUCUGCAUCGAGAUGGAACUUCUAAGGGUAAUUUUGAAAAGACUAUGUUCUCGAACAUAGCGUAGGUAUAUUAUAGUAUAACAUCAAUAUUAAAUAUUAUCGUAUUGUCAUUGUAAUGUUUAAAUGUUGAGACAAUAAAGAAGAUGGUUGGUAUUUCGCGACGAACUGGACGGACGUGUUGAUUUUCAAGAUACAAUAUGAAUUGACGAGUAUUUAUGAAAGGUUUCUUUAUUGUCUCUUAGUAAUAUAAUAUAUAAUAAUACCUAAUUGAUAUUGUAAUCGAUAUUACAUGUUUAUAUCCACACGCAACUUAUAACAUUGUCGUAAGUUAGUAGUUACUAUACAAAUUAAUCGUAAUUAUUUUAAUGAUUAUAAGUAUAAGCAUAAGUAUUUCAAGUAUGUAUGUUUAUACCAUUAUAGAAGUAGGGGAUUUAAGAAAAAAAAAAGUUUUGUAAUAUCUCUAGUUAUAUUUUCUUUCUGUAAUCAUAAUUCAUUCACUUACAUAUUAUAGUGAUUGUGAUUUUCAAUUAUUGUGUCAAUAUUUAAACUAGGUAUAUAAAAGUAGAUAGUAAUGGUUCGCCAUAUAUAACGACGAAACAACUGAGCUUCGACGCAGCAGUCGACAUAAUACUUUAAGAAUUUCAAGUGUAAUAUUCUGUCGCCAUUAAAAUAUAUAUCUACAAUAA